UCCUCUUUCAUUUUCCCUGUUUUAUUGGAGCGAUAGCCCUUCGCCAUCAAGUAAAAAAGUUGCUAACUUGCGCAAUCUGUCUGAACAAAGCAGAAACCUGAAAAGGGCCCGGAGCCAACGAUGUCGUUCCAGAUAAUAUUGGGUUCGGCAUCAAUGGCUCGCCGACAGCUUCUUAAGGAGAUGGGUUACGAGUUCAGUUUAAUGACUGCAGACAUAGAUGAGAGAAGUAUAAGGAAGGAAAAGCCAGAAGAAUUGGUAAUGGCUCUAGCUGAGGCAAAAGCAGAUGCCAUAAUUUCAAGGCUCAAAAGUAGAGGUCAAUUGGAAGAAAGUACCGAGGAAAAACUCUUAAUUACGGCAGACACUGUGGUUGUAUCCAAAGGGAUGAUCAGAGAAAAACCGUCCAGUAAGGAAGAAGCGCGGGAUUUCAUCAAAGGCUAUUCUGGUAGUCAAGCAGCCGUUGUGGGAUCCGUACUAGUAACCAAUCUUAAAACAGGAAAAAGGAAAGGAGGAUGGGAGAGAGCAGAGGUUUAUUUUCAUGACAUACCAGAUGAAGUUAUUGAUACCCUGGUAGAAGAGGCAAUCACGCUCAAUGUUGCUGGAGGUUUGACACUGGAAAAUCCAUUGAUAUUGCGGUUUGUAGAAGCAGUGAUUGGAACAGGUGAUGCAGUUAUGGGACUUCCGAAAGCUCUUACAGAAAGGCUCAUUCAGGAAGCACUUUAGCUUCUGUAGAUACGAAUCUGCCUCAUUCAUCUUGGAAAUGAACCCUAAAUGGAUUGUCACAUAGAAGAUUGUUUUUUUCUUUUUCUUUUUUUGCCAGUGACAUAGAAUAUUGCUUGAUUAGAUCACAAAUUUAUUUAGUAAGUUGAACAAUGACUGUGACUGUAACCCCAACAGCAUCACAAGUUUUGGUAAUGAUAUCAAUCAAAAGUGAUUUUGUUUAAUACUUGAUAGUAUUCAUGGUGAAAAAUUUUAGGUCAUCCAAGUUUGUCAGGCUCUUGAUUCAGAAGAAGUGGUAGA